AAGGCCACACUUUAAUGACAAUGGCGCCCUCUGCUGGACAUUUUAUGUUACUUAACAUGUGUUCUAAUAUGUGUUAACCACAUGACUUAAACUCGUCAUUUCAUUGGUAGACGUUAACUAAACUAUAUCGUUCAUGUUCGGACAUGUCUAAAAGCUAGAAAGUUCGCACAAGUUGUUGUCUAUCGUGGUUGGCUGCUAUCUGGUCCAUUCCUAACAGUUUGUAUUGUGUGCGUACAUUUAAAAAAACCACACACAUAUAUACUCAUCUGUACCUAUUGGAAUUGGAAACAGUAAAGUUGUUUAAUAAGGACAUGGACCGAGUGAUUUAUUGUUCUGUCUGAACAUUCUGCAGCGGUUGCCAUACAAUUUAAACGGCACCUUUUCACUUUCAUACAAUUUUGGUCCUUCGAGCCGGAUCCAGGCAACUACUGCAGCAUCACCAUGUCCCAAUCGGAAAGACAAUCUAUGCCAGAUCAACCAGUGGUUCGACCACGUCGACAGGUCAUCAAACCAAGAUACCUAGAUGACUUCUAUGUUGAUUAUACAAUGCAACGUCAACCACUUCAUUCUCAUAAUGAACAGCCAAUGCCAAGUGCCACUGGACGUGCAUUUGAUAAAGAGCGUGUGCCUGCACAGAAUACUGAAAGUAGACCAGUACCAACGCAGGAGAUGAUCACUGGAUCAAGUGGAAGGAGUUCAUUUGUGGAUGCAUUUCAAGGUUCACCGCCAUCACAGUCUCAGAUUUCUCCAAAGCCUAAUGAGGAACAGAGAAUUAGCUCCACAAGCCCACAUACAGCAGCCAGAGAGAGCAGGCCAGUACUGCCCCGAGAUCACAACGAUCUUUCUCAGCCCAUUGGGGCACUGCAUGUGGAUUCAAGGAGAGACCCUCAGCAUUCUCAUUCAGUCAGCCAUAAAGAGAUUGAUUAUCUCACUGACAAUUUAAGAGGACUGAGACCAUUAAGCUCUGCAGCCCAGUUAACUCCACAGCCUUUCUUCCCACAUGAACCAUCGCAUUCUCAGCUACGGAUGAACACCAUGGAUAUGAACAGACCUUGUGCUUACUACAACAUGGAUGACCGAAAAUCUGACUACCCAAGAGCUGAUGAAAGGAAUUACAGUCAAACACCGGCAGCUGUUCGAUUCAUGCCUCGAGACUUUGAUUCAGCACUACCAGCUCAUUAUAGCGGCUACACAGAAGAUAGUAUGCAUCGCCGACCAGGCAGCUGCUUUCCGCCUACUGAAUCACAAGGUUAUCAGCAGCCUUAUGUUCAUUCAGCUACAUACCCAAUUUCGCAGGAAGAAAGAUCAAUGCCAAGAGACAUUCCAUUUCACCCUGCAGGCUAUGAUAGACACCCAGGCUAUGAUCAAUCAACUCCGAUUCAUGCAGAUAUACCAGUAUUUCCAAAAUUACAGCCGUCUGCAGAAUCUACACGAACCGAGCCAUACCAGCCAUAUCAUCUAGAGCAUCCUCAUUCAUCCCCAUACCAUCAUGGAGAGCCCUCCUACCGAGGCCCAGUUCCCACCAUCCCUAAUUUCUGUCGUGAAGACCCCAGAGAAUUUGCACGUCUUAAAAUUGCACUGGAGAACGUGUUACCUGCUGAGGCUACUGAACGCUUCAAAUUCCAAAUAUUGGUUGAUCACCUGAAACAUGAGAAUGCUCUGCUCAUCGCGGACUCGUAUGUAAACAGCAGGUACCCAUACACCAGUACUAUGAGAUCGUUAACUGCACUUUAUGGACAACCACAUCAACUUGCUCUGCAAAGAAUCGCAGAAUUGAUGGAUGGCCCUACAAUCAAGAGCGGUGACAUUAGAUCUUUCAGACUAUUCGCCCUCAAAGUACGUGCAUUGGUAGGAAUGCUGGACCAACUUGGAGCUAAAGGCUGGACAGAACUUAAAUGUGGGUCACACGUUUCACGACUUCUUGCAAAACUGCCUCAUGACUUGAGAGCAAACUUCAGACGGUUUACUAACCCCAUUCAAAUACCUAUUCCAACUCUACUGGAUCUCAGUGACUGGCUUGAAUAUGAGCUCAGGAUUCAAGAGGAUGAAUCACAGUACACUAGUACUCCGAACAGAACCUACUCUCAGCCACAUAGAGAACAGCAGAGAAACCCGAAACCAGCUCAACGAUUUGCUACAGUUUUACAUGGUAGUGAACACAUUAAACCCUUAAAAGACGUAGCAAGCAAGAAGGAGAAACCAAAAAAGUACUGUCCCUUUUGCAACACUGUUCAGCACUAUUUCAAUCAGUGUGCUAACUUCAAACUGCUGAACCAAGAUCAAGUGGAGUGUUGGCUGAAGUCAAAUCAGAAGUGCUUUAAGUGCGGACGUGACCAUCGAAUCUCAGAAUGUAAUCUUAAAGCCAAAUGCAAAAAAUGUGACAAGAUACAUUUAGACAUACUGCAUGACUUCCACAACAAAGUGAAACCUGACAUCCCAACUUCAACUGAGAACAGCUGUCUUGUAAGCUCUGAAGUGGAGACACUGUACCUUGACAGACCAGUCGCAAGCAGUAAAGUGCUCUUGAAAGUCACACGAGUAAUCCUAAGAAACGGGGAGAAAGAACUUGAUACGUAUGCCAUACUCGACGACGGGUCAGAAAGGACAAUGUUACUGCAUGCAGCAGCACAGCAACUUGGUCUUCAGAAAGUGCCAGAAGAUAUAGCUCUCCGAACUGUAAGACAAGACAUACGGAUUGUUCAUGGGGCGGCUGUUUCAUUCUCCAUAACUGCUGUUACUCAGCCAGACAAAGUCUAUACUAUUGAAAAAGCUUUCACGGCCAAAGAACUGAACCUUGCAAAACAUACUUACCCUGUUAAACUACUGCAAAGGAAAUGCAGAGACCUGCAAUGUCUGCCUAUUUCCCCACUGCAACAGGCUCAACCACCCCUACUCAUUGGCUCAGAUUACCCACAUCUGAUCACGGCCAUAGAACCAGUGCGUCUUGGACCACCUGGCGGUCCUGACGGAGUGAAAACAAGACUUGGAUGGACAUUACAGGGCCCCUCAAAACUUCUUGUCAGACAGCUCUCUCCACAGCAGUGUCUAUUAACCUCCGCUUUGUCUCCAGAAGCAGAACUUUUCAAUAAUGUACAGAAGCUGUGGCAAAUGGACACCCUUCCAUAUAAGAGUGAAAAGCUGAUUACAAGAUCAAGGCAAGAUGCGGAGGCGGUAAAAAUGCUAGAGGAAAGAACAGUCAGGGUGACUGUUGGAGACUGUCAAAGGUAUGCUACACCACUUUUCCGGAAGAAAGAUCUAUCACCAUUGCAAGCCUCCAAAGGCGCAGUAACAUCACAUUUAAGAAGCACAGAGAAACGCCUUUAA